AUGGUGAGACUAAUCAAGGGACACACCAUUCCCAAGAACAGCAGCAGCAUGGAUCUACCCCGGGUCGGCAACGCAUACUCGAUGACUCCCCAGCACUGGGAGACGGAUAUCAUUGAGGCGCAAAAAGCGCACAUCGACGGGUUUGCGCUGAACGUGGCCCCUCAGGACGACUACACCGACCGAGUCCUCCAGACGGCGUACGACGCAGCGGAAAGAAUAGGCGACUUUUCCUUGUUCAUUUCGUUCGACUAUGGAUCCGGGGGCCCGUGGCCUGCAGAGAGAGUGAUUGCCCUCAUCAAUGUCUACAAAAAUCGCAAGGCGCAAUUCCACUACCACGGGAAGCCCUUGGUGUCGACCUUUGAAGGCGCCGGGAAUGUCGGCGACUGGCCGAGAAUCAAGAGCGAAACGGCUUGUACCUUCAUCCCCAACUGGACCAGUAUGGGUCCAGAUGGAAUUCGGAGUGUUCUGGACGAUAUUGACGGCGCGUUCAGCUGGGAUGCAUGGCCCGUUGGAGCGGAGGAUAAAUCUACCUCCAGUGACCUGGCGUGGAUGGAUGCCCUGGCAGGAAAGCCGUAUAUGAUGCCUGUCGCACCCUGGUUCUAUACGAAUCUUCCUCAGUGGAAGAAGAACUGGCUCUGGCGUGGUGACGACAUGUGGCACUAUCGAUGGCAGCAGGUUACUGAGCUGCAGCCCCUCUGGUCCAGGUACGAUGACGCCAUCCUCAGUUGGAACGACUACGGCGAAACGCACUACAUCGGACCGAUAUAUGAGGCCGGGAUCCCCGACGGAGCGGCGCGAUACGUUCAGAAUCAUCCGCACGAUGCGUGGCGAGAACUCCUGCCUCAUUACAUUGACUCCUACCGGCGGAAUCUGAUGAACCCGCACAGUCACAGUCAAUACCGGUCCGCGCCUGCGGGUUUCCACAAUCCACGGUAUCCCAUCUCCUUCGUCGACAAGAUCGUCUACUGGUAUCGAUUGAAUCCCAGUUCCUCCGGGAGUGCCGACGGCACGACGGGCAAUAACCAGGCCAUGGGACAGAAGAUCCUGGAUCCGGGACAAGUAUCCCAGGAUCGGGUGUUUUUCAGCGCGCUGGUUACGCAGUCCAGCGAAGUCUACGUCCGGAUCGGAGCUGGAUCGCCGACGUUCUUUUGUGCGAACUCCCCGGGUAUUCAUCACUUCUCAGUGCCGUUCUAUGGACAGACUGGUCCGGUCCAGUUCGGUAUCAAGCGGGAUAGCCAGGAUGUCGUAACAGUACAUGGGCCUCCGAUUACGGAGUGUGUUGGUGGUAUAGUCGAUUGGAAUGCUGUAGUGGGUUCAAGCCAGGACUAA